AUGCCGCUCGGAGAGGCGAUCGACGACCCCACUGCAAAUGACGAUUAUGUCGCACAGCUGCUUGCCUCUGAAGCAAAAGACAAAUCCUUGAAGUACUCUACUAUUGGCCUUCAGGCUUAUCUACCUCGACGACCAACAGAUCGCGCACCCAAACCCAACACACGCUUUCUCAAAAAUAUCCUUCGAGAUACGGAUAGCCACAAUGCUGCGCUCAAACGAAAGGAAGAACAGGAGUCAAGAGAGCGCAUGCGCCAGCUUCGUGGCGAUAAAUCAUCGUCUUCCCGGCAACCGCAUCAUACCGAGCGUUACAGGGCCAAAGAUAGAGACAACCGAGACAGAUCGCCCCGACACCUAAGAGAAGAGCGUACAUCAUCUAGGCGAUCGAAAUCUGAUUCGUAUCGUGAUAGAGAUGACGAACGGCGUAGAAGACACCGUCAUCGGGAUGAAAGUGGCAGCGAUUCGGAUCGUGAAAAGCCUACGAGAUCUCACCGACGACAUCGUGAUGACGAUAACAGGCCCAGAAGAACACGAGAUUACUCUAAUUCUCCGCAUAGGUCCUCACGACACAGAAAAGACGAACAAAAUGACCGGCAUGGCCGGCACAGGCGCUCUGACCGAUCACGUUCGAGAUCGCCCAGGCCCUCAAGGCACUUGAAAGAAGAUCAGCGCAAAGCUGAGAAGUCAACUUCCGGAAACUCCCACCGACACGGUUCCGAACCAAAAAGGACACCCAAGGAACAUGACUUGGAUGACGAUUCGGAUCCUCUAGAAGAUCUCGUGGGUCCUUUACCGGCGUCUUCACGCAGGAAGGGCAUUGUUGCAUCGCGCGGUAGAGGCUCCUACCGCGAGAAUACAAGCACGAUUGACUCUCAUUUUGCACGUGACUACGACCCCAAACUUGACGUACAUCUCUCCGAUGAUGAAAAUUCUACGAAACAACCUACGCGCAGAUCCGUGGCUGGCCUGAUGACGGAAGGAGACGACUGGGAUAUGGCCCUCGAAGCCCUCCGUGACCGAGCCGAAUGGAAAAAGAAAGGCGAAGAACGUCUGCGCGUUGCAGGCUUUGAUGGUGAUGUUGUCGACAAAUGGAAAUCCCAUCCGUCUUUUUCGUUGGGGGCCACCACCAGCAGUCACGAUACCGAAGGAAAUGUUGAGGACGUUCGGUGGGCAAAGAAAGGUGAAGGGCGAGAGUGGGAUCGAGGCAAGGUGAUGAACGAAGAUGGCGUUUACGAUAUAAAAGCGCAGUGGUCGUAG